AUGACUCUUCAUCGUGAACGAGUACAAAGUUAUCAAACUGCUUCUGAAACCGUUGACGCCGAAAAAUCAGAAUUAGAUGCGAUAAAUGUUAGAAAGGAUAUUUAUUUAACAAAUUAUGAAGUCAAAAAUGUGGAUGGGCGAGAAAGGUUCAUAACCUAUCAAAAUAUAAAAUAUACCAUGAAUGAAUUUUUCGAAAUCCUACCUAAAGAUAUCGAAUUCUUAUGUAAAGAUACUCAUCUUUUAAUAGAAGAUAUUGAAUCAACAUACAAAAAAAUACAUGAUGAUAUUCUUACUUUACAAAAAGGAAUAGACAUUUAG